CUCUGCUUAGGCUUGAAGAGGCAACCCCAAAUCUCCUUCAAAGCCUCUUCUCUUCCGCCCUUUUCAAGUCUUCCUUUCUUUUUCAAAUCUCAAAAACUGGACCCCAUUUAUUUUCUACCUCAAAACAGCAUGGUCGGACCUUCUCUUGACACCACUAACCGCCACCUCAAACAGCCCUCCUCCACCGCCACUACCAUCAAGUUCCUUUGCAGCUAUGGCGGCAAGAUCAUCCCCCGUUAUCCUGACGGCAAACUGCGUUAUUACGGGGGCGAAACUCGUGUCCUCGCCGUCGACCGAUCUAUUUCAUUCUCUGAGCUGUUGUUGAAGCUUGAGGAGUUGUGUGGGACGAGGGUGAGUCUCCGUUGUCAGUUGCCAAAAGAGGAUCUGGAUGCUCUGGUAUCGAUCACAUCCGAUGAGGAUCUAGCUAAUCUCAUCGAGGAAUACGAUCGUGCUGCAACCCCAAAGAUCAGGGCCUUCCUUUCCACGCCUAAAAAAAUAUCGUCUCCUUCUUCCCCUUCGGCGUCAUCGUCGUCAUCCUCUUCUUCAUCAUCAUCACCUUCUAAUAGCUAUGCUGCUACUGUUGGUUCAACGGCUUCAACUUCUACACAUAGAUGUUACCAUCAGAUCUCGAAGCCGGUUUUGUGUCCCGUGAAGAAGAUUCUUCCCCAUCCUCACUAUUGUUACCAUGUUCAUGGAAACCGUAGCCAUGCCUACAUGGUUCACAACGGGAAUCACUGGCAAUAGCUGCUCCGGAACUGAAUUGAGACAUAUGCGAAGAAAUUGAAAUAUAAAAAGUGAAAGGAAGGGAAAAAAAUAUAUUAAAAAAAGAAUGGAGCUACCGGAAGUAUAUAUAUACAUAUGAAAUUGUAAUUUGGGGACUGUAAGUCGUUAAAAAGGAUUUGCUUUUCGGCCCGUGGAAAUUAAUGAAUUUUCAGUCCAAUUCCGAGUUUGGAUGCCCAGAAAAAACCAAUUAUUUGAUGGUUAACGAGGAGAUUCUGGUGGAUAAACAUGAAGGAUGGUGGAGAAUCAUACAUGAAGGAUUCUCCUUUAUGGAAAAUGCAUUCAUGGGUAACUCUUUAGAUUUCUUUGGUCGAUGACAGAAAUAUUAUCAAUCCCUCAUCCCUCCGCGAGGAAGUUGGCAUGGCACGCAUAUCAAAUCAAAAGACACUGGUGGCUUUCUUUAAUUGCGUGGAGAUAAUAUCCAGAAGUGAUAGCGAUGAGAUUCAAUUGAAGCCAUGUCUUCCGGAAUUUAUUGAACAUGAGAAAAGACAUACCAUAAGAGGACCAAUAACAUAUUACUUGGCCAGCUUAAAAAAAAUGUUUUACAUGUCAGAAAUACCAUAAUACUUAAAAUACUGGAUAUUAAAGCAUGAAAAGUAAGAUUAUUGCAAUUACAUGAAAGGGAAGGGAAGGACAGGACCUUUUAUGCUCCUCAUGAUUAUCAAUGAGAAAGACUGAGGAGGUCCUGUUGCUGCAAGGAGAAUGAAAGCCGCCUUGAUAUUUAGUUCAAAAGAAGGCUCUCCGCUAACUUGGCCCUCAAAAGACAGGAGACAUGGGUAUAAGGGAGAUUAAUUUACAAGACGGACAAAAAAUAAUGGAGUUUUCGAUUUGUAAUUUUACUGGAAGACAAUGAAUGGGGGGGAAUUAAGGUUGCGAUGCCCCACCACUGAUUGCCUUUUAUUUCUUUCGAGCAUGUUCAUAUGAAGAAUGCCGCCGUGAACAUGGGCUUGCUUCUGAUACAUAUAGGAAGAUGAUGGCAGUAAUCAAAGUGGACAUAUAGUGCAUGAAGUGGAUCCCACAGAGGCUGCACAGUGUUCAAUCCCCAUCUGAGACUCUGGGUCACAUUUCACAUGUAAGUUUACAUGAAGCUGGAAGUGACGAGGAUAAGGUGGAAUCGCAAUUGGGGGACCCCUCGAAUGUUCAAUUUCAAAGCGGGUAUUAUCAGGAGAGAGACUACCUUUUUCCCCCUAAUAUUUUAUUUCUUGAAUGAUUGCUUGGCUCGAGCAAUUGAUAUUUUAUAAGAUGAUCUCGUGUGUUUUUGUUAUAUUGACUCCCUCAAAUGGGUAUAGAGAACAACGCUGAAUUGAAUUAUAUUACAUCAAAGGAUUAAGAGAGAAGGAAUCAUUUGAUAGACACUCCUUUUACAAGGAAUUGAGCAGUA